UGUACUCUUCCGUUCUCCUGCACCUCUCUUGCUUGUUGCUGCUUCUGAGGAAGAAAAUGGCGCUGAUUACAUACGCUACGACUGACUCGAACUGGUGGGUGUUAGCCCUCCCUGCCUUUCUUGGCGCCGACACCCUCCGCUGUGACACGCCCAUGCUCCUCCUGUCGCUUUUCAUUGCCUUCGUUUCCCUGGGGCUCCUGUCGUGGGCGCUGUCCCCCGGCGGCUCCGCUUGGUCUCAUGGCCGGGCUCGCCGUGGGAUCGUCACCAUCCCCGGCCCCCGCGGUCUCCCCGUCUUCGGCUCUCUCUUCGCCCUGAGCAGCAACCUCCCCCACCGCGCCCUCGCCGCCCUGUCCGCCGCCGCACACGCCAAGCCCCUCAUGGCCUUUUCCAUUGGUUCCACCCCUGCCGUCGUCUCAUCCGACCCCGCCGUCGCCCGCGAGAUCCUAUCCCACCCGGCCUUCGCCGACCGCCCUCUCAAGCGCUCCGCCCGCGAGCUCAUGUUCUCCCGCGCCAUCGGUUUCGCACCCAGCGGCUCGUACUGGCGACUUCUCCGCCGCAUCGCCUCCACCCACCUCUUCUCCCCCCGUCGCAUCGCUGCUCAUGAGCCCGGCCGCCAUGCCGACUGCUUCGCCAUGCUAGCUGCUGUCGCCGUCGAGCAGCGCCGGGCGGGCGCCGUCCGCCUCCGCCCGCACCUACAAAACGCCGCCCUCAAUAACAUCAUGGGCAGCGUCUUCGGGCGGCGCUACGACGUUUCGUGCCCCAGCGGCAUCCCGGAGGCGGAGGAGCUCAAGGCGAUGGUGCGGGAAGGGUUCGAUCUCCUAGGCGCCUUCAACUGGUCCGACCAUCUCCCGUGGCUUGCGCGGCUCUACGACCGUGGCAACGUUAAGGCCCGGUGCGCGGCUCUUGUGCCGCGCGUUAGCAGGUUUGUGAGUGGGAUCAUAGCCGAGCAUCGCCUUCGGAAUCCGAGCCAAAAGCAUGCCAACGACGACUUUGUGGACGUGCUUCUCUCGCUGGAUGGCCACGAGAAGCUCGAAGAAGACGACAUGAUCGCCGUCCUUUGGGAGAUGAUCUUUCGGGGCACGGACACGACGGCGUUGCUGACGGAGUGGGCAAUGGCGGAGUUGGUGCUCCACCCGGGGGUGCAAGUCAAGCUCCGCCACGAGAUCGACACCGUCGUUGGACCCCGGUGCAUGCCCACCGAUGCCGACGUCGCGAGGAUGCCGUAUCUUCAGGCCGUGGUCAAGGAGACCCUCCGCGCGCACCCGCCGGGCCCUCUGCUCUCCUGGGCCCGGCUCUCCACUGCCGACGUCCACCUCAGCAACGGGAUGCUGGUCCCCGCCGGAACCACCGCCAUGGUCAACAUGUGGUCCAUCGCCCAUGACGCCGCGGUGUGGGCCAGCCCGGAGGUCUUUUGUCCGGAGCGGUUCGUUGAAGCGGAGGGCGGCGCCAACGUGGACGUCCGUGGGGGGGACCUACGACUCGCGCCCUUUGGCGCAGGGCGCCGCGUGUGUCCCGGCAAGAACCUGGGCCUCGCCACCGUGGGGCUGUGGGUGGCGCGAUUGGUCCACGCGUUCGAGUGGGGGCCAGCAGCCGGGGCCCCGGUCGACCUCGGCGAGGUGCUGAAACUGUCGCUGGAGAUGGAGACUCCCCUCACGGCCACCGCCACGCCCAGGGCGAACGUCGUCGGUGUCUUUUAGAUUCACUCACAUCAAACAAGUAGUAGACAAAAUAGGUCGAUCAGAUAUCUAGUGAUUGUCGUCAGGGGCUGCUCCGGUUUUGGCUAUAUGAACGAGUCUCGGGGGCCUCUCUAUGGUUCUGUUGUAGAUCUAUAUGUUUCGUCGUUUGGGUUCGCAGUGUAUGCGAAACCCCUAAUGGAGAGUAAUGGGUGGUCGUAUGUUUCUAAUGCUAUAAUUAAUGAAGUGUUGACAUGU